AUGAACCAAGCGUAUCAGCAAGAGGAAGUAGAGAAGUAUAAGGUGAGAGCCCGAAACCCUCGACAUUCUGCUGCAAUUUUCAUAAAUUAGUACAGUAGAACCUCGAUAACUCGAACUAACUCGAAUUCCCAGCUCGCUCGCACUAAAUUUCCUAUCCCUUGAUCAAAAUUUCACUGAAUUUACCCGAUGACUCGAAUUCCCCACUAACUCGAAAUGUUUCUCAUUUCCCUUCAGAGUUCGAGUUACCAGGGUUCUACUGUAAUUUGAUUCUGCUACCUCUGCGUCACCAAAGACGCAAAAUAAUUCAAUACUUCGUAGGACGCAAAGAUCGAUGGAUCGGUCUGAAAAUGCUUUUAGUAGAAUAUCCUGUUCGUGUGAUUUCUGUGGCUGUUCUUGUGGCUACUUUUAACGACGCAUAUUUUUUAGCCUUUACAAUAGAAGUAGUAUAUUUUUAUUAUAGUAAACUGUAAUACAGAGUUUUGUCUUUUGUUUUUUGGAACUGAGACUCAUGAUUUUUCACAAGAUGAGUCCCAGGACUCACCAUAACUGUUUGCAACAAAAUCACUGAUUGGACUUUUCUAAUACACUCGUUUUUUUUAUAAGAAUAUAUUUUAUAAGAAUAUCGAGGGUGAAAUUUGCGAAAUUUUAGGAAUAUUUUAAGAAUAAAGCCGAGGCUGAGAUUUUGAAAAGGAUAGAUAUGAUUUUGUGUGUUCAAACAUCUGUAAAUAAUAUACAAUUUUAUGUUUUUAACUUAACCGUAUAAAAUUAUUCCUUUCUCUGAACGGCGAAAAAAAGUGUCGUUUGACGUGACAUCUUGACCUCGCUGACUGCAACGAAAAGAGAUGGAGCACGUGUACAAUGUAACGCGAUACAGAUCUAGAUACCAAACACUUGUAAUUGAUACCCCAAUAAAUUCUAAAAGCUAUAAUUUAAGAAUAAUACAAGAAUAUUUUCAGCCUCAAAUUGGCAGAAAAAUAAGAAUAUUCAGCCUGGGUCGCAAAAACAACAUUCUUAUAAAAAAAAAGAGUGUACGCAUAGUCUUCGACCAACAAGUACCCUAAAUAUGUUUUGCCCAUUUUUGGUCUCUUAAACUUGGGAAAAUUCACGGAAAGACUAACCAGUGGCAAAAUCUGUAGACACUAGACUAUUAAAACUGAGCUGAUGAUUUUGACCUUACACUUUAUCUCAGCUUGGUAACGAUUACUUGGUAAGGUGCGAAUGCAUCAUUUGUAUUCUUGCUAUGGUUUGUAUGUAUUUUUUCCUUUUGUUUUGCAAAAGGCAAUUCUUAAAGUACAGCAGUCAUUGAUUAACAACCUCUGGGGAUUUUUGAGUUAUCAAGGCCGUACGGUUCUCCCAGAAGUCACAAGGUAAUAAACAUUACAUGCAUUUCCACGUUAGUGUUUCAGUGUCAGGUUUAAACUGGCUCUCAAAAGUAUUACCCUAUUUUAGGAACCGUUCAUUUUUUAUCAAGUAGGGGGGAGGGGGGCUGGUGGGAUUUGAGCGGGGGCAUGAGAAAAAUAUGGCUUUAAAGGGGGGAGGGGUCACCAAAAAACUCCUUCAAUUUUUUUUUUUAGUAAACAAGCCGGUACUGUUCCCCAAUAGUUGAAAGGUUAAUAACAAUUAAAUUAAUUUCCCGUUUAGUUGUUAAUUGUCAGGUUUAAACUGGCUCUAAAAAGAAUUACCCUAUUUUAGGACCCGUUAUUUUUUUUUCAGGAGGGGGGGGGGGGGGCUGGUGGGUUUUGGGCGGGGGCAUGAGAAAAAUAUGGCUUUAAAGGGGGGAGGGGUCACCAAAAAACUCCUUCAAUUUUUCGGUGACGGCAACCAUCCUACCAGAAUGCAGAAAAACCAGCAUUCCUCGGUAACAUUCAGAAAGUUCAGAUUUUCCCGGGGAAGCAUGUCCCUAGACCUUCUUACACGAAAAGGUAAUUCUGUCCCAGUAAAAUGUAAAAAAGCAUAGAAGCAUACCAAAUCGAACGUUUCAUUAGGAAAAAGUAACAAACUCAGUUAGUCAUUUUUCACUUUCUCUGUCUUCUACUCUCUCUUUCUUUCUUUUCCUUUUCUUGUUCUUUUUUUUGGGGGGGGAGGGGCGGUCAUCUCGAUUAAUUUGGGACACAAGUGGGGAGGGGGGAGCGCCCACAAAAUUUCUUAUGAAGAAGGGGGGUCAUCAUGUACUACAAGAGCUACCCGUCGAAUUCCACCAAGCCCCCUCCCCCAUUAAAAAUGAACAGUCCCUUAUAUAAGUAGUCAUUGUCCCGAUUACACAUUUCUCAAACCUCUAGUUAAACAACUUCUAGUUAAACAACAGUACUUAUACUCUCACAUGAUGAAAAGACAUUGCCUAUAAAUAUUAUUAUUUAUUUUUCUUUUUGCACAGCAUUGCACAAAAUGUAAGUCUGGACGAGUUGAAUUGGGUAAGUUUUUUAUGAGUGUUUUAUGAGGCGACAGCUACUGUUAAUUGGGACCACAGCAAAAGCAGAAAUAUAAGAAAGAACAUGUAAAAUAGAGCAUUACGUUUCAAGAAGCAGGGCUAUUGUUUUUCCUGUUCUUUUUUCCAUUUUUUUUGUUAACGCAUGAAAGCUAGAUCUUGUCGUAGGAUCCAAUAAACACAACUGCAUGUAAAACCUGCAGAUAAUAGGGCCAGUCUAUGUUUCUGGCACAAGCACUGACAAAUUCACUGUAUUAAGCACAUCCCAGGUUUCUAUAUUAGGUAUAACUUGUGCAAAUGUGCUCAUGACGGUUGUCUCUGUGAAAUUCUUUGCAGGAAGAUCCACAGCAAGAUGAAUGGCACGCUGUUUUAUUUAUUGUGAGGAACAUGGAAUUACUGCUUGGAGUACGUAUUUAAACGCAGUGAAGAGAAAUGCACAAUCAGUUAUUUCAUAGUGAAAAUCGUCUAACAAAUAAUUGAUACGACGUCUAACCAGGACAGUGCAAAGAUGGGUUGGGGGGAGGCACCAACACGCAUAUCAUGUCAAUCAUCCGAUCAGCUGUACCUGUAGGUACAAAGGUAUCACUACUAUUAUGACAUUAGUACCAUAACAUUAGUAACUGCAGAAUCGAGAAAUAAAAAUCUUUCUUCUAAACGAGAAAGGCAAGCCAAACAAAAACUACUUUUAUUCUAUUCUAGAAAGAAUCGCAGCAGAAUAGGGAAACAUCACCACACCAACUGUUAAAAGAAGCGUUAAAGGAACUACGGAAAUACUUUCUGUCAAAGCACACAGUUGUCUCAAAAGAGGCUACAAGGUACAUAUAUUUGAAAAAUAGGUGUUUCUGUUAGCUUAUAAACAUUUUAUGAACUAAUUUCAAACUUUACUGUUACAGAAAAUUGUUACUUCCUUUUCUUAUCAUAUACAGUACCUACAACCCUGUGUUUUUGUUCAGCAUUUAAAAGAGGAAAUUAAGACAUGACAUGUUCAGUCAUUUUGUAGCAUAGUAACGUGUAACUUGAGGUUCAACAACACCAUAUGAUACUUCCCUAACUAUGUGCGAUCUGGUUAGGAGAACUGUUAUACAUAAUGACUGUGAUACAAAUUCUCUUUCACAGCCAUUGUCAAGGCCAAGAAUGGAGUGAAGACACUUUGGUACGUUUUACAAAUCCUUACAUUUAUCUACCAGAUCUUAAAACACAACAGCAAAUUUUUCUUGAUAAACCGAUGAAAUAUCAGCACAUCAUGCCUCGAGCCCUUGAAACCUCAAUGCUCACAACACUUGCAGAUCAAGAAGAAAUGUUGAAUAAUCUUGAAUGAAAAAGAUCGUAUUGAAAUACAGACGUGUAAAUAUGUAAGGAAAGUUAAACCGUGAAGUAGACAAGCAUCAUAUUGAAGGGAUGAUAGUUUCCAUUUAUCAGUGUUCGAAAGUGCUUGUAUGCUGGUAGUUGUUUUCAACGGUAACAAGUUUGUUGUAGCUUACAAGCAAAUGGAGUCCUAGAUCAAAUUUUUUUUUUUUUUUCAAUCAAAAAUUGUUGCAAAUUUACUACCAUAACGUUAACAAGAGAAAAAUUGAAAGCAGAUCCCAGAGUAACUACAAAAUCAUGACUGUGCAGUGUUGAAUGUUAAAUGUUAUUCCUUUUGUAGUUAACUAGAAAUAUAAUAGAAGAUUGCAACGCUGUUGUCCAUAUCCUUCAGCAAAAUACAAGAUUAUUGGAAAUAAGUGAGGUGAGUACCUUCGAGACUCAAUCAACUGUUAUUUGAUGAAGCUAACUAAAAAAAAAUCCAGUUCAGUUCACCAACACAUUUGUCCCCAUCAUACUUUACCCUAGAAUAAUUUAAUUACCACGUCAACCAAAUUCAAUAACACUUUAAGCCCCAAUAUCCACAUACAAAUUCUUCAGACUGAUCUACAUACAUCUCAACAUUCUCAUGCACAUUUCUUUUGAUUAUGUAUUGAUACUGUUAAAAGAAAAUUAACGUUGACCACUCUUGGUACUUAAGGGUUAACUCUGAUAAUUACCCUUACUUACUUCAUUUCUGUUUAACUUAGUAACUUUUUAUAGUAAAGGUGACUGAAGCAUACCUUCACUUUUGGUGUAGUCAGCAUCAGUAAAACAAUUCAAAGUAAGAAAAUAAGAUCGAGUACCUGAGUAUUUGAAGCAUAACAAUUUUUAUAAGUAUAAGGUCUCUUUUUACGACAAGCACGUAUCUGUUUCGUAAAAAACUCAAAUGCUCUCGCAUUUCAGAUGUGUUUAAGAACAGGUCCUUUCUGAAAUAAUUACAAAUUAAAAUUGGCUGAUAAAUUUUUUGACCUACAGCACGUUGGCAGUCUUGAAGACUUGUAUCAACCUCUCAACAGGAUACUGAAUUAUUUGAAGAAUAGAUCAAUCAAGCUACAACAAUCAGUAUCCUCCGCAAGGUAA